CAGCAAUUACACUCAAAAAUAUUCUUCACACUCACAUUCACACUCACACGUCUCUUGUACAUAUCAAUCAUCACUCUCACUUUUAUCUUUAAUCAAGUAAUACUACAUCCCUCUUUAUUAUCAAACAUAUCACAUCAUGAACAACUUCCAGUUCACAGAAAAGACCGAGAAGACUCUCGCACAAGCCCAAGAGCUGGCUAGAGAGUUUGCCAACUCACAAAUCACACCCAUACAUAUCGCCUCUGCUAUGAUGGACGAAACUGACGAAGGCCCUGGUUCUUCCCUACUCAAAUCUAUCAUUAACAAAGCUGGUGGUAUGCCCGAUGAGAUCGAACGCGCCUUCAAAAAACUCCUCGUCCGUCUGCCAACUCAGAACCCUGCACCGCUUGAGGUCUCGCUCUCACCGCAGACAGCACAGCUUCUACGCAAGGCUCAAGAACAUCAAAAGAAACAAAAGGACUCGUACAUCUCAAUCGAUCAUCUCAUUCUAGCAUUGAUGGACGAUGCUACCUGCUGGAAAGCCUUGAGUGAACACGGGAUUUCAAAGACUGCUUUCGAGAAUGCUAUCUCACAGACCAGAGGCAACCGUCGUGUUGAGAGCAAGAGCGCCGAAUCACAGUACGAGGCUCUGUCCAAGUAUGCCAUUGACAUGAUUGCCCUCGCCGAGCAGGAUAAACUUGAUCCUGUUAUUGGUCGUGAUGACGAGAUCCGUCGAGUGAUCCGCGUCCUUUCGAGAAGGACCAAGAACAACCCUGUAUUGAUUGGAGAACCUGGUGUCGGAAAAACUGCUGUAGUCGAGGGUCUCGCCCAACGCAUUGUCCGAAAAGAUGUCCCUGUCAGUUUGCAGUGUCGACUCUUUUCCCUCGAUAUGGGUGCUUUGAUCGCCGGUGCAAAGUACCGCGGCGAAUUCGAGGAACGUCUCAAGGCUGUUCUCAAAGAAAUUAAAGACUCGGAUCAAGGCAUCAUCCUCUUCAUUGAUGAAAUCCAUCUCGUCCUUGGUGCAGGUAAAACCGAUGGUGCAAUGGAUGCCGCCAACUUGCUCAAGCCCAUGCUCGCUCGUGGUGAGCUUCGCUGCAUCGGUGCCACCACUUUGGAUGAAUACCGUCAACACGUGGAGAAGGACCCUGCCUUUGAGCGUCGUUUCCAACAAGUUUAUGUUGGCGAACCAUCGUUGACGGACACCAUCAGUAUCCUGCGUGGUCUCAAGGAUCGGUAUGAAGUUCAUCACGGUGUCAAGGUGGCUGAUUCUGCACUAGUCACGGCGGCUACGCUUGCUCAUCGCUACAUCUCGAAUCGCUUCUUGCCAGAUAAAGCAAUUGAUCUCAUGGAUGAAGCCUGCGCUAACACCCGAGUACAAUUGGAUUCACAGCCCGAGAUCAUUGAUCAAUUAGAGCGUCGCCAUCUACAGUUGGAAGUCGAGGCCACUGCGUUAGGAAAGGAAAAAGACCCUGCAUCACAGCAACGUCUCGUCAAGGUCCGUGAAGAGAUGUCUAGGAUCUCGGAAGAACUCAAGCCCUUGAAACUCAAAUACGAACUCGAUAAGGGUCGCAUCAAUGAAGUCCGCGACUUGAACCAAAAACUCCAGGAUCUUAAGAACAAAGCUGAGGAGGCUGAGCGUCGUUACGAUCUAGCCAAAGCUGCCGAUAUUCGUUACUAUGCCAUUCCCGAUCUUGAGAAGAAGAUUGCCACUGUCACUGCAGAGCGCGCGAAACAAGAAGCCGAUCAGCUUUUGGCAGCUGCCAGUGGAUCCAAGAUGGAGACCGGUGACUUAGUGACUGAGAUCGUUGGACCUGAGCAGAUCACUGAGGUGGUGUCUCGCUGGACUGGUAUUCCUGUCCAGAGACUUAACAAAUCACAAGUUGAACGGCUGUUGCAAUUGGGAGAUCGUCUGAGCGAACGUGUUGUUGGCCAAGAUGAAGCUGUCGAGGCUGUAGCUGAGGCUGUUCUUCGUUCCCGUGCCGGAAUGUCAAAGGAACAUUCGCCGAUGGGUUCCUUCAUGUUCCUUGGUCCAACUGGUGUAGGAAAGACAGAGCUUGCCAAGGCCCUCGCCCAUGAACUCUUUGAUGACGAGAACAUGAUGGUCCGUAUCGAUAUGUCAGAAUACAUGGAGUCACAUUCUGUUGCUCGCCUCAUUGGAGCUCCUCCUGGCUAUAUUGGACAUGAUGAAGGUGGUCAGCUGACUGAAGCAAUCCGUCGCCGACCCUACAGCGUGGUCCUCUUUGACGAAAUUGAAAAGGCAGACAUCAAAGUCCUCAAUGUCCUUCUUCAAGUUCUAGAUGAUGGCCGCUUGACGGACUCGAAAGGCCGUGUUGUUGACUUUUCCAACACUGUCAUCAUCAUGACCUCAAACGUUGGCUACAUUCAUCUUCAAGAUCUUGGAAAGACAGGAAUUACGGAAGAAGCCCGUGAACUUGUGAUGCGUGACGUACGAGCACACUUCAGGCCCGAGUUCCUUAACCGUCUGGAUGAUCUUAUUUUGUUCAGGCCUCUUGGAACUGAGCACUUGGCAAAGAUCGUCAGGAAUCAGCUCGCUGUUAUUGGAAAGCGACUCGAGUCCAAGAACAUUAAGCUUCACAUUACAGAUGGCGCAAUUCAGAAAGUUCUCAACGAUGCUUUCGAUCCACGCUAUGGUGGUCGUCCAUUGAAGAGAUAUCUUGAGAAACAAGUCGUGACAAGAGUUUCAAAGAUGUUGUUGACAGGUGAAUUGACAGAGUAUCAGAAUGUCGUGGUGGAUUUGAGCAAUCAGGGCGAAUUGGUCUUCAAUGUUCAGAAAGCAGGGACGAUUGACAGCACAGAUGCUAUGAAUCUCGAUUGACUUGCAGAAAAUGGUCUUGAGGAGAACAACGAUGAUAUUGAAGUAAUGGAUGGCGACAGAGUAGAUCAUGGUGUAAAACGUCGAGUACACACACAAAGAAGUAGUAGGACAAAACUCCCAAGACAAAAAACUUGACCAAUUUUGCAACUUAUUAGUUCAUUGUACAAUAAAAG